UAUCUAAAAUUAUCAAACACUGUCCAUGUCUGCAAUUCAAUUUCUUCUCUCUCUCUUCAUUCUCAUUCUCUCUCUACUUUUCAUCUACUUCACACUCAAAAAACAUGAAUCUUCCAACAAAUCUAACUCAACCCUAAUCCCUAAAUCCUACCCUUUAAUCGGUUCUUCAUUUGCCAUCAAAGCAAACUCCGACCGGCGAGUUCAAUGGACUUCAGACAUUCUCCAAACCUUAUCUUCUCCAACUUUUGUCCUCCACCGUCCGAUGGGCAGCCGUCAAAUCUUCACGGCGGAUCCCGACAACGUCCAACAUAUACUCAAGACUCAUUUCCAUCUCUACGGUAAAGGACCCGUUAGCCGUCACACUCUGUUUGACUUUCUCGGUAACGGGAUUUUCAACGCUGACGGUGACACGUGGAAGUUUCAGAGACAAGUUGCUAGCCAUGAGUUUAGUACGAAAUCUCUCCGGAAAUUCGUCGAGACCGUCGUGGAUACGGAAAUCAAUGAAAGAUUGGUGCCAAUUCUGGCGGAAGCUGCCGUGAGUGGAACGGUUCUUGAUUUCCAAGACGUUCUUCAGAGAUUUGCUUUUGAUAAUGUUUGCAAGAUUGCUUUCGGGUAUGACCCUGCUUAUUUAUCGCCGGGGCUACCGCCGGCGCCGUUUGCGGAGGCGUUUGAAGAGAGUGUUAUGAUUAUUAGCGACAGAUUCAACCGCGCAUUUCCGAUCAUAUGGAAGAUUAAAAAGAUUUUAGGUAUUGGAUCGGAGAAACGACUGAAAGAAACUAUGUCUCAAGUACGUGAUUUUGCUAUGAAAAUGGUGCAAGAUAAAAAACAAGAACUGAUCGAAACAAAUUCAAGAACUGAUGAUUCCGUUGAUCUUUUAUCAAGAUUCUUGAACUCCGGUAUUUCCGAUGAGACAUUCGUCACCGACGUUGUUAUCAGCUUUAUACUAGCUGGCCGUGAUACUACUUCAGCGGCUUUAACUUGGUUUUUCUGGUUAAUCUUUCGAAACCCUAAUAUUGAAACCAAUAUUCUUCAAGAAAUUCAAGAAAUUAACAACCUAGAGGAAAAUAUUUUUGAAGAAGCGAAGCAUAUGAUGUACACGCAUGCUUCUUUAUGCGAGACCAUGAGGCUGUAUCCUCCGGUACCUGUGGACUCCAAAACGGCAAAAGGGGACGACGUUUGGCCAGAUGGGACUCCGGUGAGGAAGGGAGAUAGAGUGACGUAUCAUCCUUACGCUAUGGGUAGGCUGGAGAAGCUUUGGGGUGCUGAUUGGGCUGAUUUUAAGCCGGAGAGAUGGCUCCGGCAAGAAGAUGAGAAACGGAGCUUUGUUGGAAGAGACCCUUUCAGUUACCCGGUGUUUCAAGCCGGACCGAGAGUUUGUUUGGGUAAAGAAAUGGCGUUUUUGCAAAUGAAGAGAGUGGUUGCCGGAGUUUUGAGCCGGUUUAAGAUUGUUCCGGCCGAUGGACAUGAGUUUGAGCCGGUUUUUAUUGCUUAUCUUACUAAUAAGAUGAAGGGUGGGUUUCCGGUUAGGGUUGAAGAAAGAAAUAAGAAUUAAGAAAUUAUAAAAGGUUGAUUCUGUAUACUUUCAAAAAAGAACAAAAGAUUUAAGUAAUAAUUUGCUCUUUCAA